AUGCUGGUGAAUAUGCAGACACAGAGCAAGGUCAUGUCCUUUGAAGGCUGCAUUAUGCAGUUGCACUUUUUCAUAGUGUUUGCAAGUUUGGAAAACUUUCUUCUGGCUGUGAUGGCCUACGACCGCUUUGUGGCCAUCUGUUGCCCCCUGCACUACACAGUCAUCAUGAACCUCCCACGCUGUGUGUUGAUGGUUGUGGUGCCCUGGAUCCUGAGUCUCCUGCAUGCCUUUUUACAGAGCUUAAUGGUGUUGCGACUGUCCUUCUGCACAGACUUGGAAAUCCCACACUUUUUCUGUGAACUUAACCAGGUGGUCCAACUUGCCUGCUCUGACACUUUUCCUAAUGACCUGGUGAUGUAUGUUACAUCUGUGUUGCUGGGAGGAGUGUACUUCAGUGCUGCAGCAACCCAUAAUUCACAUUCAGGUGCAACAGCCUCGGUGAUGUACAGUGUGGUUACCCCCAUGUUGAACCCCUAUAUCUACAGUCUGACGAAUAAGAACAUCAAGAGUGCUCUUAAAAGAUACCUGUGA